AUGGGUCUCGUUCGCAGACUGCUGAUUUGGGCAGCCAUUGAUGGCGUCGUCCUCCAGGCUCACGGUCCUGCAGAGCACCCAAAAGCUCUUCAGAUCGACUACAAGAGCCGACAGGUCAAGGAGCUUCAGAAGUCGGAUGCAUUGGCGAAGAAACCAGCGCCUUUGGAAGCUCACGGCAUAGUCGGAUUGCUCUCGAUUGCCUCGUCGUCUUUUCUCAUCGCAAUCACUCAACGGGAGCAAGUUGCCCAAAUAUUCGGCAAACCCGUCUAUGUCAUUACCGAUGUUGCCAUUCUCCCCCUGUCUUCGCAGAAAGCAGCGUCCCUGGCCAUCACCACCGCCCUGGAGUCUCAAACUACAGAAUCGUCCACAACUGACACCGAUACCGAUGUGACCGACACAGAGGAUCAAAGUACUAGGCUAGAGGACCAGGAAGAGCCUGAGACUCCAAUAGAACAUACCACCCCUCAGCAAAAGAUAUCCAAUCCCACCAGCAUCGCCAGAGAUGUCAUUGCUAACCGAGGCCAAUAUGGACGAUUUGCUGCCCAAUGGUUUUCCAAGCAGGGCUGGGGCGGAGGCAAGACCUCAGGGACCACGUCUGACCCUGUAGAUACGAGUGAUGCCUCACAGACGGGGACUAGGUCCAGUCCUGAAGCAGAAGCAGCGGUCGCAGCGAAUCAACCUGAAGCCAGUGGCAACAUUGAAGCACCAGAACAAACCCAUAACAAAGACGCCGAGCAACUGCUCAACGACACCUCCAUCACUGAGGCGACCCCCAAGAUUCUCAGGAGGACGAAGAUGAUCUUGACCUCGGGCAGUUACUUCUUCUCGUACGACAUUGAUUUGACGCGCAGGCUAGCGGUCAUGGAGGCGAGCGCGACUGCUCCUUCACGUGAGACUCUCGACCCUAUGUAUUGUUGGAACCGACACCUCCUAGGUCCAUUCAUGGAUACCAGGCAAGAUUCAUUCAUGAUGCCCAUUAUACAAGGUUUUGUGGGACAGAGGACUUUCACAGUUACGAAAGCAGAGUCAGAGAUUCCAAACUCGGCCUGUGUGGUGGACGCCGAGCAUGGCCAGCAAUCGACAGGGGUACAACACGCCAUAAAUCAUGCUAAACAAGAUCUUGCCAGCAUCAGCACUGACAUGCAAUCCUACCUCCUCACGCUGAUUUCGCGGCGAUCCGUCAAGCGAUCAGGCCUUCGGUACCUCCGACGUGGCCUCGAUGACGAAGGCAAUUGUGCCAAUGCUGUGGAAACUGAACAGAUUCUGUCUGCUCCAGAUUGGUCUCCUUCUCGGCGAAUACGAUCGUUUGUACAGACGCGAGCCUCUAUUCCCCUUUACUUUUCCCAGUCACCCUAUUCGUUGAAGCCGACACCGAUGCUCCACCAGUCAGCAUCCAAAAAUGAUGUAGCCAUGAAGAAACAUUUUCAGGAUCUUCGGCGACGAUACGGUGGAGUUCAAGUUGUCUGCUUGGUGGAUAAACACGGUCCUGAGAAGAUCAUCGGCGAUGCCUUCGAGAACAAGGUUCACUCCUUGCAGAAGUCUAAUCAACUUGAAGACGUCCAGUAUGAGUGGUUCGAUUUCCAUGCCGAGUGCCGCGGUAUGAAGUUCGAGAAUGUCUCAAAGCUUGUGGACAAGCUCGAAGAUACCAUCAAGAAUUACGGGGAGACCAUGAUCUCUGGAACCGGAAUCGAGACAACCCAGUCCGGGAUAAUCCGUACGAACUGUAUGGAUUGCUUAGACCGCACCAACGUGGCACAGAGUGCUUUUGGACAGUACAUGCUUCAGAAAGACCUGGCUAGGGAAGGGUUCGAGAUUGAUUUACUGCACGAUGAGACCACCACCUGGUUCAACACCCUAUGGGCUGAUAACGGAGACGCCAUAUCUCGGCAGUAUGCGUCUACGGCAGCACUGAAAGGGGAUUUCACACGAACCCGGCGGCGGAACUAUCGUGGAGCCUUGAAUGAUUUCAGCCUGACGUUGACUCGAUACUACAACAACAUGGUCAAUGACUAUUUCUCUCAAGCAGUCAUUGACUUCUUACUUGGGAAUAUGUCAUGGAGAGUGUUUGAAGAUUUUGAGAGCAGUAUGAUGAGUAAAGACCCAGGCAUAUCUGUUGAUCAAGCUCGGCAAGCUGCGAUUGAGAGUUGUGCAAAACAGGUUAUACAGGAGAACGACGAAGAUCUUAUUCAGGGGUGGACAAUGCUAACGCCCGCACAUGAGAACACUCUGCGGACCCUGCCAUUCGAAGAGGCGGUGAUCCUGUUGACCGAUGCAGCUCUGUACUGUUGCAGGUUUGAUUGGACCACCGAAAAACUUGCCUCUUUUGAAAAAGUUGACUUGCGCUCUGUCUCCAAGAUCCGAUAUGGGACGUAUAUCACGUCCACUUUCAGUGAAAAGCAGAUGAAGGAAGAGCUGAAUGCCGGGGUUGUGGUGAUAUAUCAUCCUGGAAAGGGAAACACCAUUCGGACGAACACGAGAUCCUUACAAAACUACGUCGCGCCUAAGGCGGAUGAAUCUGAGAAUCGAAUCGACGGAGGAACAGGGAUCCUGUCUUGGCUUAGUCCCAGCCAUGCACCGGCAUCGAGAAAGUUGGCCAUGAAGGUGAUCCCGGCAGCGACGACAGACCCGGAUGGAGUAGUGGGAAUCCAGGCUGAGGCACCGUUAGCGGUGGCUGAGAAUGUGGCAGGUGAAAUUCGACGAGCUCUCACAGGGAGCACAGAACAAGGUGAACAGCAAGGAAACGACCUGGUAGAGCAGUCAGCCAUUAUCUCGUUGGAAGAAGCGAAGAAACGUACCGGAUAUUUUGAGCAGCUAGGUCAUUCCUUGAAGAAGAUGGUGUGGACCUGA